AAUGCUCAAACCAUUGCGGACGUGGAUUAAAGGGAUCGCUUCACUCAUUCGAAGACUGAGUUUUCACACAUAAUGCCUUAUAUUAAGUUUUUGUUCUUACUUUUUUGCAUGAUACUUAUCGGGGAAUGCCGAAAGCACAAAAGUAGGAAUAGGCGGUGGUCCGGCGCGGUGGAAUCUUACAAGCAUGGCGCUCCCCUGACUGGAAAACGGAUGGUUGAUAACACCAAAUCUCGCAAAUUGAAGACGGACAACCUGCUGCGAGUGGAUGACCAUGAUUUCACCAUGAGACCUGCCUUUGCAGGCCCUGCUGUCCCUGUAGGGGUGGAUGUUCAGGUGGAGAGUUUGGACAGUAUAUCAGAGGUGGACAUGGACUUCACCAUGACCCUGUAUCUGAGGCACUACUGGAAAGAUGAGAGGCUGUCCUUUCCCAGCACAACCAAUAAGAGCAUGACGUUCGACGGGCGCCUGGUCAAGAAGAUCUGGGUGCCUGAUGUGUUCUUCGUCCACUCCAAGAGGUCGUUCAUUCAUGACACCACCACUGAGAACAUCAUGCUCAGGGUGUUCCCAGAUGGACACGUGCUCUACAGCCUCAGGGUGACGGUUACUGCUGCCUGUAACAUGGACUUCAGUCGUUUCCCUCUGGAUUCACAGACCUGCACCUUAGAGCUGGAGAGCUAUGCUUACACGGACGAGGACCUCAUGCUGUAUUGGAAGAGUGGGGAUGAGUCCCUGAGCACGGAUGACAGAAUCUCUCUGUCUCAGUUCCUCAUCCAGAAGUUUCACACUACCUCCAGACUGGCUUUCUACAGCAGCACAGGCUGGUACAACCGUCUGUACAUCAACUUCACCCUGCGACGCCACAUCUUCUUCUUCCUGCUCCAGACCUACUUCCCUGCGACUCUGAUGGUCAUGUUGUCCUGGGUGUCCUUCUGGAUCGACCGCCGGGCCGUCCCGGCCAGGGUCUCAUUAGGUAUCACCACGGUGCUCACCAUGUCCACCAUCAUCACUGGAGUCAACGCCUCCAUGCCCAGGGUUUCCUACAUCAAAGCUGUGGACAUUUACCUCUGGGUCAGUUUUGUGUUUGUGUUCCUAUCGGUGCUGGAGUAUGCUGCCGUCAACUAUCUGACAACGUUGAGGGACGGGAAAGAUCGGAAGCUCAGGGAAAAGGCCAGAGAACAGUCCCUAGGCCUGGCGAGAGAACAGUCGCUCCCCUGCACAUGUGGUAUGUCCCACAUCGGGACCAUGAUGGCGGACGGGACCUACAGCGAGUCCGAUACCAACAGCCUAGCCGGGUACACCAGGGCCCCAGCUCCUGAGGACCCCCCGGAGAAGCAGGAACGCAUGGUGGUGCACAUCUCCUUAGACAACGAGUCCACGGCGGCAACCAAGAAGAAGACGGGCUUCCGCAGCUUCAGUUUCAUGCAGAACACCCACGCCAUUGACACCUACUCCCGCAUGAUCUUUCCUGGAUCCUACAUCAUUUUCAACCUCAUCUACUGGUCUGUGUACUGCUGAGGCUCUCCCGGACAGCCUUGUUAGAGUCAGCAGAGAGACAAUCUACUGAUGUUGCUGUACCAGAUGAAACAGGACCGUUAUUUAACUCUGACCGACAAAACUGAUUGACUCAAAGUGGUAAUGACCUCCGUAAUGCACAUUGAGGUGAUGGGAGUUCUUAUAACACCUGUACUCACCAGCAGCACUCACAAAAGGUUUUCACAGAUCUCUAGAUGGAUAACAACAUUCUAUCCUCACCAUCAGCUACAACCAUGUUACUACUUGACUCAACUGUACAGCUUUCCUUUUUUUGCUAUAUAAACUAUUUACGCAACCACGCAGGUCCAAGCACAAACUAUGAUGAAUUUUAUACUCAUGGCACUGUCAAAGCAGGAAAACUGUGUCUGUAUUACUGGCAGUAUACGUACUUCUGAAAAUGGACUCAGUGUUGCCCAAGCUUGCUUCCUUAAGCAGAAAACAGAAAGCUUGAUCCAUAAUGUGAGGGUUUGACCUCUUAAAAUCGACUAUGUUGAUUUGGCAAGCAUCAGUUGCUCAUGAGCACAUUGAAACACAGCCACAGACUCAUGUCUUCUAGGAAUGCACCAAGUGUUAUUAUUUUAACAGCUGAUCAUGAUUGAGCAAACCACACAAAAAUCGAAAUCUACAGUUAUAUAAGCUGGCAGAUUUUCACUUAGAUUACAGUAUUUCAGUAUUUAUUUAAUUAUUUAUUAAUGAUCUAUUUAUUCAAUUAUUUAUUCAUUUUAGGCCUAUCAAUUUACUUACAUAAUACAUGUUUAGUGCAACUAAUAUGCCAUUAUACCUUAAGUUGUUAAAAACCAUGCAUGGGGCUUAAUAGGUUUUUUCAUGGUUGGCCACAGAAAUUGUGAGGGUGGGUACCAUUAAUGAAUGCUUAUGUGAACUAUCAUUCAGCUUGUUUCAGGAACUCAAUGUUAUCCACCAAUUAAAGAGUUGUUUCUGUUUGUAUAUUACUCAGAAGGGGGUUUUCAAGACUUAUAAACCUUUACGAUGUAAUGAACUUGAACAGCCUUAAGUGAACUGGUUUCACGGCGAAAUCUUUUGUGUUUGUUUGUUUGAUUGACUGUUUGGAUUACAAGUGUCUGCAUAUUGCUUUUUAUAUCCAGUAUUCUAUCCAACCAGUAUAUUAGUACACAUGGUAUUUGUAUGUAGUAUGUAGAUAGCCACAAGCAUGAGCUGGAUUUACUAGGCAUCCAGAUUGCCACUGUAGAUAUGUCAGCCUGUUGGACAAAUGCUCAACCAACGCAAAUCACCUCAUACAGAUGCUUGUUCACAAGCAACUACUGUAGACUGAUUAUCGUCUCGUCAAAACAUUUAGAAUGUAUGCUUUUUUUUUGGAGCAGAUUUCUAAAUAAAGGCUUUAAGCUAAAAGCAUGUUUGCAGUCAAUGUGUUUGAGCAUGAGUCGUGACCAUACAUAUUUUGCUUGCCUGUUCUCAAUCUAAAGAAAAGUCUG